CGUCCUCUUCGUGGCGGUUGUUUUGGCUACUCUUAGGUCUGUCGCUGAAUGACACACUUUGAUGCGCCGGUGGAGACUGAGGUAACAGGACCGGGAAGGCGCGAGAGGAGGCGCUGUCCCCUGGGGUCCGCGGCUGGCGACGCCGCCCGGGCUGCCCCGCGCCGGGACGGGGACCGCGGGUCCGGGUGUCCGCUCCGCCACAGAGUCCGAUGGCGGCGGCCGCGCGCAGGGACCCGGCUCAGGUUUCCAUGGUUGCAGAAGUGCUUUUGGAACCUACACAGGGAAGUGUGACUUUUGAGGACGUGGCCCUAUAUUUCUCCUGGGAGGAAUGGGAUCUCCUAGAUGAGGCUCAGAGAUGCCUGUACCAUGAUGUGAUGCUGGAGAACUUUGCACUCACAUCCUCAUUAGGUUGUUGGCAUGGAGUGGAGGAUGAGGAUGCACCUUCUGAAGAGAGCAUUUCUAUAGGAGUGUCACAGAUUGGGGCUCUCAAGGCAGUUUCAUCUUCCCAGAAGGCCCAGCCCUUUGAAUUGCAUGGCCCAAUCUUGAGAAACAUUUUGUAUUUGGCUGAGCACCAAGAAACAUAUCUUGGGGAAGAACCAUAUACAUGUAGGAAACAAUUCUGUUUAACUGCCAAUCUUCAACAGUUCCAGGGGCAGCACACUAGAGAGAUACCCUUCAGAAGUUAUGUGGACAGAGCCUCCUUUAUAAAGAACUGUACAGUCCACGUGUCAGGGAAGCCCUUUACCUGUGAGGAGACACGGAAGGACUUCUUAGCCAGCGUGGGAUUUCUCCAACAACAGGUCACUCACACUGGGAAGAAGAAGCCGAACAAUGAGUGUGAGGCUGUCUUUCACAGUGGUAGAAGUCAUCACAACUGUGGAGAAUGCAAGAAAGCCUUCAGCUACACAGACACACUUGCUCAGGACCAGAGAGUUGUCACUAGAGAAGGAAUUUAUGAGUGUGGCAAAUGUGGAAAAGCCUGUACCCGAAGAUGUAACCUCAUUCAACACCAGAAAGUCCACACUGGAGAAAGACCUUACGAAUGCAGUGAAUGUGGAAAAUUCUUCACCUAUUAUUCCAGUUUCAUUAUACAUCGGAGAGUUCACACUGGAGAAAGGCCCUAUGAGUGCAAUGAAUGUGGGAAAUCCUUUAGCCAAAGCUACAGCCUCAAUAGCCAUAGGAAAGUUCACACUGGAGAGAAGCCUUAUGAGUGCAGGGAAUGUGGAAAAUCUUUCAGCCAAAGGUCCAACCUCAUUCAACAUCAGAGAGUUCACACUGGAGAAAGGCCUUAUGAGUGCAGUGAAUGUGGGAAGUCGUUUAGCCAAAACUUCAGUCUCAUUUACCACAGGAGAGUUCACACAGGAGAAAGGCCUCAUCAGUGCAGUGAAUGUGGGAAAUCCUUCAGCCGAAGCUCCAGCCUCAUUCACCACAGGAGACUUCACACUGGAGAAAGGCCUUAUGAGUGCAGUAAAUGUGGGAAAUCCUUUAAGCAAAGCUCCAGCUUCAGUUCACAUCGGAAAGUCCACACAGGGGAAAGGCCUUAUGAGUGUGGGGAAUGUGGAAAAUCCUUUAGCCAUAGCUCCAACCUCAAGAACCACUGGAGAGUUCACACUGGAGAAAGGCCUAUUGAGUGCAGUGAGUGUGGAAAGUCCUUUAGCUGCAAAUCUAACCUCGUUAAACACCUGAGAGUUCACACUGGAGAAAGGCCUUAUGAGUGUGGGGAAUGUGGAAAAUCCUUUAGCCAAAGCUCCAGCCUCAUUCAACAUCGGAGAGUUCACACUGGAAAGAGGCCUACUGAGUGCAGAGAAUGUGGGAAAUCCUUUAGCUCCAAAUCUGACCUCAUUCAACACCAGAGACUUCAUACUAGAGAAAGGCCUUAGAUGUACAGGGCUGUGCAGUUUCCUUUUAGAUAAUUACACGGAGGAGAGAUGUUGUGAGGAAGCCAUCUACCUAAAUUUAAGCCUGUACAUGUUAAAAUCCACAAUGGGGAGAUCUCCCUUUAGUUGAAGUAUGUGUGAAUCUAUAACUGUCUAGGGAUCUUGCCUGAUUUAUGUCACUACCAGUUUCCGUGGAAGAGUUUUGUCACCUCUACCACUCAGCAGGUUCAUACAGUGUGCAUUAGUACAUUAGUUAACCACCACAAUGUGCUCAGGGAAGCUGCCUCUUUCCCUCCCCUUCUGCUGGAGGAAAUCAUGAUUAUUCUUAGCCCUUAUAGGGUCUUCAUUCUCUUCUCAUGUAGAAGUUAGGGCAUGGCCCAGUGGACCCAAUCUGAGUUCUGCUGGUAACUUGCCAAGAAGGACCGCAUUUUCAAGGAUGUGUUAGUUUUGUGCGACACUCCUCUUGGAUUUUCCUAUCCUCCAAGUCACCAACCUGGGAUCUCCCUGCCUCAUAUUGCUUUGGAUUUUAUAGUAAUAAAGACAUUAUUGUUGGGGUUCUAUUCACUGUGUGAGGUGAUUUGAAAAUGGCUGGGCUCUGCCAGCAUUAAAGAGUGAACAGCUUUGUUGGGGUUCCCAAUGCUUUGUGUGCCUCAGAGAUGACAGUCUGAUGAAAGAAAAUAGCUCUCUUUCCAGCUUUGGCCUAAUUUACAUUGUUGCCUGAGGUCUCCUAGGAAAGACUGCAGGGCUUUGUCCUAAUUUAUGGACUGGGUAUCAGGAUUUUUUUGUGGGCUCAGAGAACACUCUGAAGAGUCAGGAAGUUGUGACAACCUCCAGUGCUUCUGAGAACUACACAAAUUGUUUUUCUUUUUCACAGUGGAUGUCAUAUAAUGCUCAGUAGUGUUGAGGGGAAUCUCUACCCCACGUCCUGCAAAGGAGUCAUGUGCCCUGAUACCCAGAAUUCUCUAGGCUAGUGUCAUGGUGAGAACACAGGGCCCUGGGGGAACUAUAAUCGGUACAAUAACACUGCAGUGGAGAAGACUGCAGCAAAGUAGAUGGCGUGUGCCCCUUCUAGCAUUGCGUCAACAAAAGCUCCAGUGACUGACUGUGCAGGCUCAGUGUGCCCAGAAACUCUCAGGACCUCCAGGUAUGUGCAUCUUUUGUGGCUGAGAUCUUUGUCAAAGAAAACAAGCUGUUGGUUUUGUGGAUUCCCAUAGCCUUUCUGGUAGAGUUCACCUAAAGGCCAAUUCUACACAGAUAGGAAAACAAGCACACAGAGAAAGGAGAUCCCUUAGUCCCUCAGUGUGCCUCUGUGACCUAGCCAAAAUUCCUGUUCACUGAGUGCAAUGGAUUUACUUGCUCAUAAAUAUUUGCUACCACUAAGGCAAGGCUGCUCCUCCAAGGUCAUCAGGAAAGAGACAGAGUCAAUAUAGGGCUGCCAAACCUGAUUUUAUGAAAAGAGUGGGAGACCUAGGGUUUUGUAUUUUUCGUUUGUUUGUUUUUUUGGAACUAUUUCAUAGAACUUUAUUCAGGUAUAGUUGACAUGCAGUAUACUGCACCUAUUUGAGGUGUACAGUUUGUUAAGUUUUGACAUGCGUAUAAACCCACAAAACUUCAUCAUAAUCAUGAUUAUGAACAUGUCCGUCACCCCUAAUUUGCCUCAUGUCAUUUUAUAAUCUGUCUUUCCUGUCCCCAGGCAACCUUUGAUUUACCUUCAUUUAUAAUAAAUUAGUUUGUAUUUUCUAGAAUUUUAUAUGAUCUGAGUCAUAAAGUGUUUAUUUUUUUGUUUCAUUCAUGAUUUAUAAUUAUUUUGAGAUUCUUGAAUGAUGCUUAUAUAAAUAUUUCACUCUACUGCUGCAUAGUAUCUUUUCUAUGGAUAUACCACUUGUUUAUCCAUUCAUCUGUUAGGGACCUUUGGUACUUCGUUUUGUCGAUUGCAAAUAAAGCUGCUAGAACAUUUGUGUAUAAUUUAAUAUAUAUAUAUAGUUUUCAUUUCUCUUGUGUUAGUAAUUCAAAGUAAAAUGCCUGAGUCAUAAGAUAGGUGAAUAUUUAACUUAUUAAGAAACUGCUCAAACUGAUCUAAAAUGAUUUUUUGCUUUUGCAUACUCACCAGGAGUGCAUGAGCGUUCCAGUUCUUUCACAUCCUUGCUAGUACUUGGCAUCGGUCUUUUGGUUCAGUCUUUGGAAUUUACCCUUUUAACAAGCAAGCAGUAAGUUUAAUCGCAUUUCUCUAAGGAUUUAUGAUGUUGAACAUUUUUUUCUUGUGUUUGUCAUCUGUAUAUCUUCAUGAUAAAAUGUCUAUUCAUA